AGUAUAUAUAAUGCCAAUGCCGGCCCAAAGCAAUAAGGAAUAAGCAAAUAUCACUACAUAAUUAAAGUUGCUCUAAACUGACCAUAUUCUUUGUUGUUUCUCUCUUUUCCUGGAGCAACAAUGGCUACACCUCCACCAAUUCUCUCUCUCCUGCUGGUACUAAUUUCUUCCAUUCUGUUUCUUCUCCGUCUGUCCAGUGGUCAAUCACUCAAGAGCUGCGGCUUUGAUCGGAUUUAUCAACUCGGGGACUCUCUAUCCGAUACGGGAAACUUGAUACGGGAAGUUCCAAUUGGAAUCGCCACGCCAUAUGCUUCACUUCCCUAUGGUGAAACUUUCUUCAAGAGAGCCACCGGUCGCUGCUCCAAUGGUUUGCUCAUGAUUGACUAUUUUGCAAUUUCUGCGGGGCUACCUUUUCUCAACCCUUACAAGAAUAUUGGCUCAGAUUUUGGACAUGGAGUUAACUUCGCAGUCGCUGGCGCUACUGCACUACCGGUAGAAUUUCUGGCCAGCAAGCUUAUUUUUCCACUGCUAACCGAGAGCUCGCUACGCGUGCAACUCGAUUGGAUGUCCGGGCAUUUCAAUUCUAUUUGCUCUACCGAAAGAGAUUGCGGGGAGAAGCUAAAGAAAUCUCUAUUCAUUGUUGGAGAGAUAGGCGGAAACGAUUUCAAUUAUGCACUAGUGGAAGGAAAAAACAUUGAGGAAGUCAAGAGCCUUGUGCCAGAUGCCGUCAAAGCUAUAACAGAUGCUGUUAGAAGAGCCAUCAGUUAUGGAGCUGAUAGAGUGAUAGUCGCCGGAAAUUGGCCGUUCGGUUGUUUUCCGAUCUAUCUUACUGUAUUCCAGACCGGCAACCCUACGGCUUACGAUAAAAAUCAAUGCCUGAAACAACUAAAUGACCUCUCGAUGUAUUUCAACGACCAGUUACGAAACGCUAUUCACGAGUUGAAGAAAGAGUUCCCUGAUGCAUCCAUCGCUUAUGGAGAUUACUACAACGCAUUCCUACAGCUUUUGAAUAAUGCUUCAGCUCUUGGAUUCGAUGUCACUUCGACACGAAAAUCCUGUUGCGGGAUUGGUGGCCCUUACGACUUUACUCUGACUUUGUUAUGUGGAUUCCCCGGGGUUCCUGUUUGUUCCCAGCCAAAUCGUUACAUACACUGGGAUGGGAUUCACUUGACACAGGAGGCAUAUAGACUAAUGGCUGGAUGGUUGGUUGAUGACAUUUUACCAAAUCUCGGAUGCAAUGUUUAACAUCUUAAUAACUUGACAAAUUGGGCCAAGUGGCUAAGUCUAUGAUAUUUUCGUAAUUCCGUUGCUAGAUUUUCACUCUCAGUUUUUCUCUAAACGACGAUGAGGAUAGUGACUUUUGCACUCUUUCCUUAUACAAUCACUUUAUUUUUUGUCUUCUUAUGAUGUGAAUUUACGAUGUUGUUCUUUCAAGCGUGAAUUCACAACACAAGAAAACAAAAAAUGAGUGUGGUUAUUAAAAAAAACGUGAAAAUCAAUUACCAAAGAUUGAUCCGAAGAACCUGACAGUUGCUGGGUUUGGCAAGGGGUGCAGUAUAGGGUCUCCGA